AUGUAUAAUUUUUUAUCAUAAUGUUAAACUGUUUUAACAGAAGCUAAUAGCAAAGAAAUCUGGGAAUAUAAAUAAAUAGAGCUAAAAGAAUAGCAGCUUGUUAAUUUAUAUAGACAAUAAGCUUACCAUCAAUAAAGUUAUCAGAUGGCUUAGAAUCUGAUUAAUGAAUUGACUCGCCAUUUCAGAGACUAAAAGAUAUAUAGAUUUUUGAUAGAGUAAUAAACUAAUUUUAAGCUUAGGUUGAUUUAAAAGUUAAUAAAAAAAAUAGAAAUAAUAUAAUAAACAAAUGGAAUGGUUUACACUUUAAAACCUCAUUUGGGAAAUCAACUGGCUAGUUUAGAAUAUGCAGCUAAUAAUAUUGAUAAUUUUCCUUCUCUUAUUUCAUUAAAGGACAUAAUAUUCACUUAUUUUAAUACAACAUUAUUGACGCCUCCUUUUGAAGUCAAUCCAUUUUUGUUAAACUUAUUUGAUAUUAAUUAUGUUAGAAAUAUUUAUCUGACAUUAUUCAAUCAAACCAAUUAGAUUCCACUUCAAAAUUAUGGGCACGUUUAUACUCCUAAUUACGAGCCAUUUACAUUUUUUUUAUUAGAUGAUAAUAUAGAAACUUAAAUUACAUCUUAACCAAGUUCGACAACUGCUUACUCAUAAUAUAGUUAUCAAUAAUAUGUCCCAUAAAAUCAUUAUUAACCUUGCCAAAAUCAAUAAUAUAUAACAGAUUCAUAAUUUUAAUAAUAAUAAAGUUAGUAAAAUGUUUAUUAAUAAUAACCAUAAUCAUAAAUCCCUUAUAAUAAUUAAAAUUUAAAUGUUUAUUCUGAAAAACCUUAUUCAAAUAUUCCUUAGCCAUAAAUAUAAGGAUAUUCGAAUUCUUAAUACCCUACUUUUACAUAUGUAUCUACUCCUUAACCCUAAAUAUUAGGAUUUCAUUACAAUUAAACUUAAAAUUAUAAUAAUCAAUCCACAACUUAUGGGUAAAAUUUUAAUGUCUAACUUUAAUAUUUUGCAAAUUAAGGCUAAGUUGAUUAUACGCCUUAAUCAUAUCCUCAUUAUAUGUCUCAACCCUAAACAUAUCCUUAAGCUCCAGGAAAUCAAAAUUCAAUAUAAUCUCCUAAUGUAAAUUAAAUAGCUUCAUUUCCUCCAACACAAUGGCCCCAAUCUAAUUUAUCAAAUAAUAACCAAAAUUAAGUGGAAUAAUAAUAUUAGUAGCCAUAAGCUUAUCAAAAUUAGAUGUAACCUCCUUAUCAUCCUUAAAAUCUUAGUAUGGAACCUUAAUACCAAUAAGUUGAAUAAAUAAAUAAUUAUAACAUUAAUCCAAAUAAAGAAUGCAAUUAUCCACAAAAUUAAUAACAAGUGCCUAGUUCAUAAAACGUUUAAUAUGAAUCUUAUGAAUAAAAAAUGGUUUAAUCUUAAAUUCCAUAAAGCGUCUCUCAAGUUCCAGAUUAAUAUGAGAGUAAUAAUUAGAUAAAUGUAAAUUCAAACAAUCAAAAUACACAAUAAUAUUUGAAUCAAGAAAAUCCAAAUUAAAAAGAUUAAAUGUAAGAUAUUAGAUAAGCUAAAUCUAUCUAUACACCACAAAUCCCUGAUAAUAAUACUCAAUAAAAAUAUUAAAACCCCUCCAAUUAAGCAUAAGAAACUUUAUAAUAAUAAGCUUUACCUCCUCCUCCUCCUCCUCCACCUCCACCUCCUCAUUAAGUUUAAACUCCUGAAGAUUUUAUUAACUUAAAUAAGAUUAAUUAAUAGAAUUCUAUUUUGGAUUAAAGAUCACUUAAUGAUUAAGAAAUUUAGUAAUAUAGUUUACAAUAAUAAAAUGAUAAUAGCUUAUUUGAAGCAUUAUUUUUGAACAAAAGCUUACUAAAAUAUGAAUUGAUUGACAGCAAAGGCUGCCCUUAACUAAACUAAAAGGUAUAAUAUAAGUAAGACAGAGAUAUGAAAGGCUUUAAGAAUCAUGAUGAACAUGCUUUGUUCAUUUUGAAAUGUUAUUUAGAUGGAAAAUUUGCACAAAAUAAAAUCGAUAGAACUGAAGAAAUGAAAACUUUGGUGAAUUUCUGAUUCAAAUAUA